AUGGACCGAACUGCCCGUAUUCCGCCAGAAAUACUGUCCAUAAUAUUCCAGUUCUGUCUUCCGGGGCCUCAAGCCGAAUUCAGUCCCUCUCUGGCACCCCUCCUCCUCACCCGUAUCUGUGGCCAUUGGCGUCGCGUUGGCCAUUCUACCCCUCAACUCUGGAUGGAACUCAAUGUGCCGAGUUUCCAAUGCGAACCCUUCCAUGUUCGCGGCAAUGCCCUCAAGUUCAUCGAUGUCAUCGAAUCAACGCUUCCUUUAUCUAGCCCGUCAAGCCUAUCUUUUUCCAUGGAUCUUGGGGAUUUCCGAUUUCGCAACGACGACGAAGAGAACAUGGACGCAGCGCUGAAAUGCUUUCGCCUGUUCUGCCAACACUCCCACAGAUGGCAGACCGCGUCUCUAAGCACCGUUUCUUUGCGGACUUUAGCGUCGGAACUUCAUGCGGGUGAUCUUCCUUUGCUCGAGCAGCUCGUGCUAGUGGGCGUCUGGGAGUCGAAUGACUCCGCCAUGGUUCGGCAUUUGCUCCUCUCUGCACCCAAUCUUCGACGUCUAGAGUGUUACGACGUAUAUGACGAGGAGUUCGACCUCACCCUGCUCCCGCUUCCUACAUUGACACAUUUCGCUGGAUCUUCGCGGCAAAGGCGUAUUGAUAUCACUCGACUCGCGUCCGUGAUCUCUCAAUGUCCUCGACUCACUUCUCUGGACCUGAGGCUCGCUAAUUUGGACUCAAUAGAGGAAUCUCGAGCUCAGAGAUACCCAAAUCAGGACGAUGCUCGCACUCCACUCCCCCGCAUCCCAAUUCCGACCCUUCGCCAGCUCACACUGCGCACGAAUACAUUUUUCUCACUCUCCAAGCUCCUUUCAAAAAUGACGUUUCCUGGCCUGCAGUCUCUGAUACUCGCCAUCGAGCCGUCGGAAACACUGGACAUCGAGAACUCUGGCGACGAAAUCGCUGCCGUUGUCACAGGAUGCGCAUCGACAUUGGAGCACUUCGCAUGUAACUUCAACUGCUUCUCAAUUUCCAGGAUCAGGACGGCCUUACAGUCCGUGCAUCACCUACGAUCCCUCACGGUGCGAAACCUCGAAUACAACGAUGCUCGAACCGCAGAUAGUCUGAAUGACCUCGUGCUCGAUUUUGCCCCGGACGGUACAUUACGAUCUGGUUGUCAUCCCCACCUUCAAAACAUAUCGUUACACGGCGACUCGAAGUGGUUGGAUGAGGUUGCGCCUGGGAAGUGUUACAUGGAGGGCGCACUGGCGAUGGUGGAUAUCGCUGAGUCCCGACGUAGGCUACCCUACGAUGCACGCGACGAGCGUGGCCAGGCGAUUCUGCCUCUGAUUACGUUCAGGACGGGAGAAGACGAUCUUGAGAGGCUGGAAGAGGCUCUGGAUCAACAAUACGCACGUCUUGAAGGGUUGUGGAAUGAGGGGUUGGGUGGAAGACCUGUUCAUAUCGAAUAUAUGGAAGGGUAUGGACGUCGAGGUCAGGAUGGGAUCCACGGGAAGGAGCUUCAGCUAAAGGAAGCACUACGACAGCACGAGGAGAUUGUUCGUCAACGUGCUGCGGGUGUACCAUCGGAUGAAGGCGAAGUGGUAGUUGGGACGGAUGACGAUGAAACUGAAUCAGAGUAUGAGGUAGAGAUGGGGAUGGUAGAGGAGAGUAAAGAGGAAGUAUACGAAGUCGAACGAGAGGGAGAGAACGAGGACGAGGAAGGAGGUGACACGGCGUACAAUGAGGACACCGAAGACAGUGAAGGGACAGGAGAGGACACGGUGUACGAGGACUCGGAGUAUAGAGUCCGGUUGGGAAGAGAAGGGGUUGAGUAUCAGUUCCGACCCGGGAAAGCAGAAGACGAGGACGCCGCGGAGGACGACUAG